AUGUCGUUUACAGGAACGUUGGAUAAAUGCAAGGCGUGUGACAAAACCGUCUACGUCAUGGAUUUGUUGACGUUAGAGGGUAACACUUAUCACAAAUCAUGUUUCAGAUGCAGUCAUUGCAAUGGCACUCUCCAGAUGAGUAAUUACUCGUCAAUGGAUGGAGUUCUUUACUGCAAGACUCACUUCGAACAGCUUUUCAAAGAAUCUGGAAAUUUCAGCAAGAAUUUCCAGACAGGAAAGACAGAGAAGUCUAAUGAUCAUAUGACUCGAGCUCCGAGCAAGUUAUCUUCAUUCUUCAGUGGAACACAAGACAAGUGUGCGACUUGUCACAAAACAGUUUAUCCACUUGAGAAAGUAAACAUGGAAGGAGAAUGUUACCACAAGACUUGCUUCAAGUGUGCACAUAGUGGUUGUCCUUUGACUCAUUCUUCCUACGCUUCUCUCAACGGUGUGCUCUACUGUAAAGUCCAUUUCAACCAGCUCUUUCUUGAGAAAGGAAGUUACAAUCACGUCCAUCAAGCCGCUGCUAACCACCGCCGAACAGCUUCUUCUGGUGCCUCUACUCCCCCUUCUGAUGAUCACAAACCUGAAGAUAACGCUGCGAUUCCUGAAGGAGAAGCAGGAGGAGAAGAAGCAGUCCCUGAAGCUGCUACAGAAGAAGAGCCUGAGCCUGUGGUUGAGUCUUGA